AUGUCCAGUGGUGUGCUGGUUGAUGUGGGCGACACGCGCUCCCCCAAUUCGACCACCAGCGAUGAUGCUGACGCAGUCAACACUGAGUCGGCAAGGAUCUAUUUCGGGCCUCUCCAAUCUCCUGAAAAGAAGUUCGCGUCUACCUCGAAGUUCAGGACACCUGUGCGAAGAUCUGCGAGGCUUUCCUCGGUGCGAGUGUGCGAGCAGGCGCACGUGGACGCGCGUACCCAGGAACCGGCACCAACUAGGUUGGAUUCGGCGGAAGGGGCGAGCUCAUCUGCUGAGGAGGAUAUUCUGGAAGACGAGCCAUCCUUCAUACUGGCCAAUAAAGUUCUGCAAGCCCAUGAUAACCCCUCGCCUCCUCCCAGUCCUUCUACGAAUGGCGAAGCACCUCUGCCUAAUCCUGACAUUCUGAUCGACCUAACCGACGGGAACGAACCUAUGAUGACGAUUGCAUCCAAUGUUGAUCCUCUCGUUCCUGCGCACCAGGGGAGCGACGCAGAGGCGAACAUAUCUCAGCCAGAUCUCAUCAACUUCGACUCAUUCUCGACGCCCUCGACGACUCCUCGCGUCGGUACCCCAGACUUACACACAUUUGCUCAGGCAGCGUCUCCUCUUUCUGGCAAAUCAAAAGCCACGACUGUCGACGAUCUGCUCUCUUUGUCCCCCAUGGGCGUGUCCCCUGCACCCGAGCUGGCCGUGGAAGUGGUUUUGGCCACAGCGGAUGCCUUGACUCCUACUGCCGAGGAAGAAGAGCAGGUACUCCAUGCUCUGAUUGAUAACGCUUCCGUGGCAGACGCGCCUUCACCAUUGCCAGACCAAGUGCCGGUCCAAAUGCGCGUGCCAGAUGUAUCUACCGCCAACAUUCCUGCGACGGUCUCGCAGGUAGCUAUUCCUUCGCCAACAUCCCAACCCCAUACUCCCGUCCGUCGAUCUUCGCGCAAACGAUCAAGCAUCAGUCCAGCCAGACCACGCCCCAUAACUGAGACGUCUACGUUACUCAACCCCCCGGUCUCCAGUCGGUCGGGCUCGUCUCCCCAGCCGAGCUCCACUCCUUCGCUAGUUUUCCCGCCAUUAGGAGUACGCGUCAAGAAGAGGGCAGGCAGUCGAGAUGUGGCCCCUAAUGUCGAGGGUAGCUCAGCAAAUCCUGUGGACACCACACAACUGGUAGACGAAAAGCGACCAGUCUCUCCUGGUAGAGAGGCGACACGGAAGCUGGAAACACAGCAACACCGCAGGUUGGGUUCAUUGUCCCCCACGUCUACAGGACUUCUUAUGCAGUUGCUGCCUAAUGCCUCGAGUGCCUCGACUGAAGAGCAGAGUCCAGCAGCCCAAACCGUAGUGAGCUGCACGCCUCCCCCCGACUCCGCGAAUUUCGAACCGCCACACAUUAUUUCCCGUUCCGCGACCCCGCAACCAGGUGGUCAAGUGCAAUCCCCCGCUGACGCUCCCCAAUCAACACCCAUCGCGGUCGAACCGUCACGCUCACCCGCACGUCGAAUCCCCAUCCAUGAAGCCAUCGCACAGGGGACAUUUUCACCGCCCAAACAACAGUCGCUCACAGGGGGUGCUAAAGCCAACUCGACCUUGGGCCUACUAGGGACCCCUGUGUUUAGGCGACCUCUUCAAGCUCUUGACGAUCCCAAGCGUAGUCCUGCCAAACGAGUACCGAUUUCACAGGCAUUUGCGCCGUCGACCGUGCCUUCGCCUAACAAGGGAAAGGCUCCUAUACGGUCAUCUUCUCCCGUUCGUCCCGCCCCCAAGGAGCGAGCUCGUAGCAAUUCUGUUGAGUCUGUCGCUCGACCUCUCUUCGAAAGAAGCAGAUCUGCCGAGCCUGCAAGACCGUUGGCCAGUAGCUUCGCGAAGCCUUCUUCGGCAGGCAGUAGCACCCUCAGGAGCAACGCUGCUACGUCGCUACCAUUCCCACUUGUCCCAUCAUCAAGUCGCGCACACCCAUCCAUUCCUGAGGUCGAUGAGGGCGAGGCAGACACUCGCACAACAACGCCGCAUGAGCGUGUGCGGUCGAGAAGUCCCCCAGGCUCAAGUCCUGCGAAGCAUGUGUCCUUAUUGCGUCAGCCAUCCGCCAAUGUCACCAGUCGCAUACCGCGCAUUGGUGCAAAGCCGUAUGCGAGACCGAAAUCGAAGGAACCAAGCCCGACUCCGGCUCCAGCUCCGGAACCCAGGCCACCUAAAGUUCCAAGACGUGCCCUCGGCGCAGCAGGUGGUGUAGUACGACCGUUCAGAGCACUCCAGGCGGGGCAGGGGAGCGGUAGCUCUGAUGACUCCUCUCCUCGCUACGGCCCUCCAGGUUCUACGCACAACCCGCUCAACGGUUCAACUACUCAGCAACCUCCUGUCGCAGAAGGCUCACGAGUAUCGGCGUUGAAGCGGAAGCGAGAAGGGGAGAAAUCCUUGGUUUCACCACCAGGAGCUAAGCCCGUCGUCGUUAUACGAAAGGUUGUGCCAGGCAUGUUUGGUCAGUCCUCUUCCUCUAAGGCUGGCCCAAGCACGGCGCCACCAGCCGGAACACCCACGGCGGAGCCGACGCCCCGGGCAAGUCCGCAGAAGCCAAAGGGACCUAUCAGGAUGCGAAAGGUUGCUGAUUGGAAGCCACCACCACGAGAGCCUAAGCCAGGGUCCUCAAAGACUGAUGCCACGCCGCCUGUAGUGGAUGAACCCGCAGUGUCGCCACCAUGUGUACCCAAACCUUCGCCUGAGCCCGUCUCCAGCUCUCCACCCUGGCCAUCCAGUACCGAGGUGACGUCAUCAGUCCCCCCAGUAGAUCGAGAUGCCGCUAUCCGUCAACCAGUGCCCUCGCCACUAGCGCAGACCACCGAACAAGAACCCGACCCUCAAUCGAAUGGCACCCGUCGUUCGAGUCGUUCGCGCAGAGCGGUCACCAAUCCGACGACGGAUGUCUUUGGUGUUGUUAGCGCUGCCCCUGUCCGCCCGCUCAACGUUCGGCGAAAGCGUCCGCCACGGACCGACACAAGUGCCUUUGUUGGGAUGACCGCCGCAGCUCUCAGGGCGCUCACAACAUCGAACACGCAGAAAAACCAGCAGCAGGUGGUGUCCCUCAAGACGGAGGUGAUUCGCAAGGACGGAAAGAGGCCUGGCAGUCCGACCACCAAGGUGCGAACGAUACUCGAGAAGCAGAAGGAGGUCAAGGCGCAGCAGAGACACGAGCGUGCUGAGCGGAGAGCAAGGAGAUCUUCGGAAGGGACUCAGGCGAACGAGUCCCAGGCCGACAUGUCCGUUGACCUCGGUGAUAUGAGCACCAUCACUGUGGACGAGAAUGGUGUCCCUGUACGACAUCGACGAGGUCCCGGAGACGAAGAGGACUACGUCACGCCGCCACGCCCUGAGCGGCCGCUGAAACGCGAGAGGCUGGAUCCUGAAGUCGAAGCCAGGGAUGACAAGAGAGUCAAAUGGGACCACGGACUUGCGACCAGUGUCUACCUCGACGAAAUUGCACCGAAGCCGAAGAAACCUGCUGGUUCCGACGUCUCCAGAAAGGGUUGCCUGGCUCCUACUGCCAAGAGCUUACGUCUCGACACCCUGGGCAAUGUGCUAAACGCUGGCGGCCCUUUACUGAACCUCGUGCGCGAGGAUGUCGUCGUCAAGAAGUUUGUUUAUGAUGAUGACGAAGAUGCUCAAUCUGAAGUACCCGAACCCGAACCCGAACCCGAACCCGAACCGACCGUUCCUUUGGAGAUCAAGCCCAAGAGCAAGAGCAAGAAGAACAAACCCUAA